GUUUCAUGAGCAACCAAUAAAGGCGCACUUUGCAACUAAAACCAUAUGGUUGGGGCUUUCCCGGUAUUUAAAUUGGGAGCAUUGGCUAUAAAACAAAUAGGAAAGCCCCUGGCCAACUACCUGAAGCGCAAGGCCAAAACAAAUACAUUUUUCAGGAACUAUGUGUGCCUGCCUCCAGCGCAAUUAUAUCAUUUGUGGGAAACCCGACUAAAAUUAAAAUUAUUGGGUCUGGAAUUACCAAAGGGGGUUAACAAGUUGAGUGAAGAUGCUGCCGUUGACCUUGGGUCAGAAGUGCUCGGGGAAAUUAUCAUUUUUGUGGUUGGGGCCACUUGCCUUCUGCUUGAAUAUCGCCGGCAAGUAAGGAAAGAACAUAAUAAGGAUGAUUGCAUACAACAAACACUGGAUCAGCUAACUAGUCGGGUUAAUGAGCUCAUGACGGUAGUUGAGAUUCAGGACGCCAAGGUCAGGGAGCUUGCAAAAGCGAUAGCCAUUUCUAGUCCCAAACAUGACCACUAAGAUAUGUAAAAUACUUAAAUGUAUGCCUUAGAAGUUUUUUUUUCAAAUAUAAAUUCGACAUAUAUGUUUCUUGCUUUUUGACUUAUUGCGUUGAAAUUGAUUCACAGCGAACGGUUUCAAAAUUCAUAUUGGGUGUUGAUUUCGGAAGCACUCAUGCAUGCGCCAGGGUCUACACUAUGGAUCUUAAGGUCAUCGGAUGUAGCAGCACCAAAGUACCUCGGCUUGAAGGGUCUAAUGGUACUUGCGAAUUGGAUCCAGAAGCUGUAUGGGAAUCCUUUUGCAAGCUGUUAGAUGAAGUAUUACAAGAUGCAGAAAUUAACCCUGAUCGGAUCAAUUGUAUAGGUAUUUCGGUUCAGCGAAAUAGCCUAUUGUUGUGGGAUAAGAAGACAUCAAAUCCUCGAACUCGUGUUAUCACGUGGCUAGAUACACGUUCUUUGGAUCUCGCCAAAAAGUUAAAUCACUCUUUUAUCUUUCGUAGUAUGAAAACUGCUGGCCAUAUGUUAUAUUGGAUGACACAUCAAUCAAGGUUUAAAGCGUUGGCGUCGUACCACUUCAAGACAGUAUUAGCAUGUAUACGUCUCAAAUAUUUAUUAAAUGAGAAACCAAAGCUUAUUGAUGAAUGUCGUAAGGGGUUACUUUGCUAUGGUUGUUUGGAGACAUGGUUGCUAUGGCGGCUCACAGGUGGCAAAACAUUUGCUACGGAUGUUAGCUGUGCAAGUGUUACUGGCAUGUAUGAUUCCUUUUCUCGUAAAUGGAGCCGUCCGAUUUUGGCUAGUUUAGGAAUACCUGCCAAUAUUCUUCCUGGUGUGUAUCCUUCCAGUUAUUAUUAUGGCACUGUUCAAAAUGGUCCACUGGGGUAUUCAUCAAAUCCUUCUUUGUCUAUUCCGAUCACUGGUAUCAUUGGUGAUGCUCAAGCUGCCACCUUAACAGAAAAUUGUUUAUCUCCUUGUCAAGCUAAACUUACAUUAGGCACUGGGAUAUUUUUAAAUUUACUUUCUGGUUCUAAAGCUCUAGCCGUAAUGAAUGGCUUUUAUCCUGUUAUUGGAUGGGCAUCUGGUCACCCGUAUCUUGACUGUAUUUCGACUUUUUAUAUGGGUUCUACUAGCAGUUCUUCGGAAUCUCCAUCAUCUGUACCAUCUACAUCUAGAUCUUUUCAUCUGGGUGAUCUUACUUAUUUAGUUGAAGGUUUCUAUCCACAUGCUGGUACACUUAUUGAUUGGUUGCAGUCAGAAAAUAUUUUCUGUACGUAUUCUGAGUUGGAAGAAAUGCUUUAUAGUGGUGAUCGACUUGGUUUGGAUGAAAAAGCUACUCGUGAAAAUAUCUUCUACAUCCCAUUGCUAAGGAAUACACUUAAACAUCAUCAAAACACGCUAAUAGGCGGACCAUUAAAAUUAAACAAAAAUUCAUUUUACGGACCUGAUGGAUUUGUAAUCGGAUUGGAUUAUUCAAAGUCUGCUGACAAACUACUUGUUGCACGUAUUUUUAUUGAGUCAAUUGCAUUUUGUACAAAAUUCAUGUUAGAAAAUUGUCGUAAACAAACACGCAUUUCUCCUUCUAUUCUUUAUGUUAAUGGAAAUGUGGCACGUUCAAAUUGGUUGCUACAGCGUAUAUCUAAUGUAAUCGGAAUCCCAGUGGAACGCAGAGGUCUUGAAGAAUGUAGUUGUAUGGGUGCAGCAAUUGUUGCUGGUGUCGGUGCAGGUUUAUGGCCAAGUUUCUCCGCAGCAACUGAAGCUGUACACAAACGACUUCAGUCAGAAGCAAAUAGUCUUCCGUCUGUUGAUAUUAAUAAUACUGAUCUUAAUAAUAAUAAUAAAUUAAAUUCACAUAAACUAUACAGGCGGUUUAUGCCUGAAUCGUCAGAAAUAUGCAUAUCUAUAAAAAAACGUUAUCAUAUUUGGUCGCACAUACGUGCUUCAUAUUUGCGAAAAAAUAGAUUGGCUUAAAACUUGUAUAAAAUAACAAAGGCAUAAUCUAUUACGUUUUAUUGUUAAUUCAUUCUCUUUUUUCUUUUGUUAUUUAGUUACCUGCAGAUGGGUGUUCGUCCGUUUGUUCAUUAUUAUAUAUUUGUAUUACUUGUAUCUAUAUUUUCCUCUUUAAUAUUUUUUUGUUUGUACUUAUGUUCAUUAUUUUAUCGGAUUAUUAUUUAUCCGUUCUAUUGUUUGUCUGUUUUUUUUAUUGUGCGGUUUACAUUUUAUAUAGAGAUAAAUUUGAUUAUAAACAAAAUAAAUGUUUUUCGUUUCAGUUCAACAUUUUCGUCAAUUUUCCAUCAAAUAUUAUACAUUUCUGUGAUCAGUCAAUACUAGAGGAGAUAUAGUUAGAUAAGAAAGUAUUGUAGUGAACGAGAACACCAGUGGAGACAACCAAAUACAUGUGAAUAUAAAAUUACAAAAUCUCUUGGUAAAAUUCGAGAACCAUACAGCAAAUACUCCACUUGCAAAAUGUCUAUCAAUUGUCUCAGACUUGAUUGUUUCUUCGUUUCCACACCAAUUACUCUCUGUUCUCGUUCUCUUUUCUUCGAUCUUCUUGACCCUCUGCCGUCAGGCAUCUCACUUUUGAUUGGUGAUACGUACUACUUAUAUCUGUCGACAUCAGUAACACACACCACGCUAUCAUUUAUCAAUUCAUAGGUAGUAAGUUAAACAAUAUCUUAUGAACAAAUUGGUAAGUAAUUCACUAAGUAAUAGUAAUAAUUCUUAUUCACCUAUUUGAACACAUAAAUAUUGAUACUAGGGGCACCGAAUACAUUUGCGACACACAAGUCAGUUGAUUUGUGUGUGGAUUGUGAUACUGCCCAGACAGAAAGUGGUUUUCUUAGUAGGUUACACCCGGAGCCUUUGAUCUAGAGGUCUAAUCCACAAGGCAGUGGAGUAACGUAAAAAGAUGCAGUCAUAUGGUAGCCGGUGACUAACAUUUUUCACAAAAACCAUUAUGAAUAGUUUGUUUUAUUUUAUCAUUUUUUAUGUCCCCUAUAUGGUUUAACUGAAUGUAAUUUGAAAUGUCAUUUUUUUAUUCCAUAAUUACAUGUGUCUAUAUUUGAACGAUGUAUAACAGCAAUUUAUGAUAGAAAUUUAGUUCAGUGCUUUUUUGGUUAACUUAUUGUAUACUAUUUUUGUUUAGUAAGUGUUUUUCAAUAAAGCACAUCUGGUGUGCUCUUUCUUGCUUGUUUAUGAAUGACAUCUUUAGAAUUGUUCACCUAUUUUGUUUUGUUUACAUGUUUAUUGUUAGUUUUUAGUUACAUCAUUUUAAAGGUAGAUUUUACUAAAUGACUGUCUUGUUUUUAUGUAUAUGUGAGUAUAAAUGUAAUGUCCACAAUUAACUUGGGUUCAAUUUUACCUAACCAAAAUGCCUAUUAUUCUUGUUUCGGUAUUCAGUAUCCUCUACCCAGUGAGUAAUGUUGAAUUUAAAUAAAACUUGAAUAUUAACGGGACAAAUCAAUUGAUUUUAUUGUUAGUUUGUAUCGACUAAAAUAGUUGAUAUAUUAAAAUACUGCCUUUAUACCUACUUCUCAUAUGAUUGUUAGAGAAAAAGCCUGCGUAUAAAAUUACGUGCUGAACUGAUUCCUAUGAUAAACUGUAACCAUUUUUGUGGACAUCACUUGGAUGGACUCCCAAUAACUUAGCACCUGGAGUAAAUGUGUCAAUUCAAUAGCUACACAUUAUAUCGCCAAAGGAAAGAUUUGGAGAGAAAAUAAAAAUCAUAUUCUCUUCAUGGUUCGUGGCUUCCCACUCAUAACUUCUAAUGCAUCCGCUUUACGCAAAACAUUAUGUCGAUCUUGGCCUUUGCUUUGAUUCAAUGACUAUUACAUGCUUCCUAACGCUUCUCUAAUCAGCUAUGCAGAGUACGGAUGCGUUAUAAUCUCGAUGUUAUAAGUCGAAUACUGAUAUACACGCUUCAUGCAUAUAUAUAUAUAUAUAUAUAUAUAUAUAUAUAUCAUCGAAGUAAUGGACAAGCCACAAACCUUGUGAUCUUGAGAUGUCGCGUUACGUAUCCGGAAGUCCCCAUCCUGUCAGCAUUUAACUGCAUUUCUAUAUAUUUUUCGAUUCCAUAACAAGCUAGUGCUGACACCUAUGACAUGUGUGUUACUUCCUAUCUAAAACAGAACAAACCAGAAUACUGUGUAGCAUAAACGUAGUGCGAGACUCAGCGGGUUACUUGCAGGUGCUGUAUGGUGCUAGAGUCCUGUAAAUAUCAGCACAUAUGGUUUUACGAACCUUUUUUUAACAAAGGCGUCACACUGGCCGAAUAUCGUCAUUCUUAAACUAAAUUUCAGUGGAUGAGUUGGAGUUUUCCCGUUGUCGAUAUUAGCGCUACAUUUGCUCAAUCUCUACUAACAUAUAUGCAUUCUUAGCUGAUUAGCUUGGUAGUUCAUUUGGUUACAAGUCUUAAUAAAUUUGCAUCAAGGCUAUCAAUGUAAUCCAAGACGCGCGUUUCAUCCUGUAUGUGUCUACAGUGUUAAUGCUCGCACUGAGACCCUAAAUUAAUGUAUUUAUUAUCAGAAAGCAUUAUUAGUCUGAAAAUCCUAGUGUUAUCAUCGGAAAGUGGAAGGCAACAAUAAUCACAUUUGCAGAUUCUCCAGAUGAUAAUUUUUAUAUCGACCUUUACAUGUUACUUAAAUUCUUAUUUAUCUGAUUCUCCUAGUAAAUUCAGAUUAUUUCAGUCAACCCCUUUUGGGUUAGUAAUAGCAGAAAUCAGGUGCAUAUUUUAAAGGAAUCAAAGUUGUUUCCAGUUAGUUUUCUACUCAUUAUGUUGCUUAAAACCGUAUGAACGUUGGUCUAUAUCUUACUAUACUGAAUUUAUUAUUUUAUGCAUUAGUCACCGUCCGAGUUAUUUCCAUUUGGAAUUGAUUGUUUAUUUUAUAAGGUUAAUUUUUUUAGUUACCUUAAACUGACUCAUGUGAAAUUAGGCUUUCUUUAAAUAAGAAUAUUUCAUUUAAUGAAGUGAAUGAGAUUGUUGCCGUAGUGUCCAGUGUUUUGUGUCCCUUCAACUUCACCAAUUAGUGUAUGCAUCGUUUAAGCACUAGCUAAUAGUUAUAAUUUGGCUGAACACAUGAUGUUAAAUCGGUUAAAUAACAUUGAGAAGUUGUAGUGAGUCACCUACUUAAUUAGUGUAUCACACAGCAGAGUUUACUUUUGUAUUUCUUACAAUAGUUUUUCUCUUAUCUCACGGUUAUUUUACAAGUGCUCAAUUCCAAGGUCACUUAAUUAUGUUUGAUUUUCAAGUUUUUCUUAGUAGUACUGUAUACAUGUUUCAUCGAUCGUAGAUUCAUUUGAUUGUGCAUCUAUUCCACUCAUGGUGUGAUCCUGUAUGUAUCAUAUAUAUGUUCCAUUAUUCCGUAUUUAGCAUUUUUCUCAAUAAGAUGUUAAAUAUGAAACAAUUAGGUUCACCUGUCCAUAUAACAAUCAUUUGUGUGCUUAGAUCAUAUUAAAUAUAGUGUAGUGAGAUGUUUCCAGUGAAAGAUUCCUACAUAUUAAUAACUAAUUGUUACAAAUUUCACAAAAAACCAUAUCUUAUUAGUAGUAUGUUUAAUUUAUAGUGGGUAUAGAUUCUCACAGUAGGCUAUGUUCAUAUCUUUGCAAAUGGUGUGUACAAAAUAUUUUUAUCGUAACUAUCUAGGAUGAUCCGAAAAUUGUAUCUGGAACAAGUACUGUAUUUAUGGUGUUAUUUCAAGGUUUACUCAAUAUAAGGACACUCAUAGAACACCGUAUAUGGAAAAAUGAGAACACUACAAGGUGCUUAUAGUUAUCGUAACAGUAACGCUGUUGUCAAUAAUAAAUAUAUUUUUGUUGUAUUUCUGACAUUUCGUGACUUAAUGUAAGUCACCAUUUUUCUACUCAUUGGGACACAACAAAAAUAUAUUUAUGUAUCAUAAACUUUCCACCCAAUACUCAAUUUAUUUGAAACUAUCAUGUCCAAUCUUGAUAUUGAUGCUGUUGUUAAGUUUUUGAUAGAUAUUUAUGAUGAAAACAUUGUUUUGAAAUAUUGUACUUUAUCAAGAAUUAAGUGAUUAUAUAACAAUUAUCAGUCUAACCGUAAUAUAAAUGUUCACCGAUAUUGGAUGACUUGUUUAUGGCCGACUAUUAACAAUAUAGAUUGAACUCAAUCUUGACAGUGUUUCAAUUCCCUUUUACAGUUACUGUUGAAAUAUUGAAUUUUGAAUCACUAUUUCAACAUGUAAUUCAGUGAUAUGAAGUUAUAAAAUAAUCCUUCUUUAAUGUUUAGAUGAGACCAUAAAUAUAUUGUCCAAAUCAUCAUUAGUUACUUGUCUUAUGCCGAUAAGUUGGAAAUGCAGAUGUCAUUUUGCAGGGUUUUAUUUGUCUGUACAUUUAUUGCGCACGUUCAUAUAUAAUUUAUUUUGAAGUAAACUAUACUAAUUUAGUCAGACCGGGACAUGAUAUCAAACCAGCCAAAUUAAUCAGUUUGGGUCAAUUUAAUGACGUUUAUAUAACUAUGCCCAAGAACCGAUCAACCAUCAAUAAAGUGACCUGUAUCUAAUUGUUCACAUCAAUAUUUUGUGAGCGUUAAAAGAGCUAGAUGAAAUGCGUUUAGAUUAUAAACUAAAUCUAACCCUAGAAGUUGAACUGUACUCCGUCAGAAUAUGAUGGAUGGUUUCUUUUCUUGCACACAGCUUAGUGACUUGUACAUCUUCACAUAAAUUAAUACUCGUUUAGUCAGUUUGCGCUUCUUUAAAUGUUAGAUGAAGACGAGAAAGCCCUGUUAAUAAAUGCCAUCAUCAUUUCAGGCAUAAAUAUAUCAUAUACAACUAAAAUGCUUUUAGUAUUUUGUAGAUUAAAUAGUUACAAUUUUAUUAAUUUUACAUGUAAAUUUAUUUUUUUACUUGUUUCAAAAGUGACUUUCAAAUGAUAAAUGCAAAAAGUAAACCAUCGGUCAGGAAAUCUCAAAAGCCUUUUAUUUGAGUCAUUCCACAACAAGAAGACUGUCCAGCUCUGUGAACAAACAUUCGAGGAAACAAAAGCCAAGUGUGAUCAACAUUUUAAUACAAAAAGGUAAUCACAGAAACUGCUAUGGCAACUAGUUCCACUCUUUACCUCAUAACAAUUAAAGUGAAUUUCAAAAAAUCGAGUUUAGUAUGAACUAUGCAUCAAUCCACUUUGAAAUAUGCACGAAACAGCUCAGUCUACGCAAUCAUAGUAUAUCCAGGUGAAAUCACAUCAUCCGGAUCCAUAUAAUUUUACAUACAUAUUUCUGACACAUUACGUGAGUAUCACUCGCCACAUACUGUUACACCAGCUUUUAUUGACACUCUCAUGACGGCCAUCUUGUCUAUCAUCCUAAUGCUGCAACCAAUGAUGGUGUGUGCAGAACUGUUUCAAAUUUGGAGCCAAAGCAAAUCUGCAGAAAUUAUAUGAAAAACGUAUACCGAUAGAACAUUACAUUGAAAAUACUGGAGUUCAUGCUUAACGUUUUUAGACGGUUCCUCUAGUGUUCUCACUUAUUUUAUUGUUGGUCAUGGUUGCUGUUCCGGAUAAACUUAGAUCUGAGUCUUUCUUCAGAAAACUGAAUCCUACAUCUAAUGUUGUAAAAGACUUACGGUUCCAUACGUGAAUCGAUUAGACACAAAGUAUAUGGACACUGAAAUUUAAACUUCAUCAAUAUUCAAGUAUUAUCGCGAAAUUUAUUUCAUUUCGCUUCUGUUUAAUAUCCUUUGUCGUCGUAAAUGAAAGGACUUCAUAAUAGUCAAAUCGAGAUAUACUACUAGCACACCAAAUAAGUAACUACUGGUAUGAGGCACAUUCGACUGAGGAUAAACUCCACUGUCAUUUGCCCUUUUGAUCUUGCGCCUGGCAACUAAUCAAAAUGAAGCGAGUAUUAUUAGUUUCGCUCUCGUAAUCCACAUAUGCCAAUUAAUUUUAUGGUAGAAAUCAUUCCGAAAUAUUUACAAUAAGUGACCAAAUAAACCAAGACAUAACCGCUACUACUGACUGCUAUACACUUAGAUGACUUGACAGUGUGGAGUUCAUCCCCACUCAAAAAUUCAUUUCACUAGUUGGACAGUUAGAAACUAGUGGUUAGCGACAGUAUGUGAAUAUGCAACAUAGUUAAUCCAUACUCUCCAUCGGGUGUUAUUUCUCUGCUUCUUGUUAGUAAUCUGACUCAUCAUUUCUUUGGUUUCCAUGUUGUUUUGUGAAGAAGUGAAUCAGUGUACUGUUUUUACAUGUUCUAACUUAGUCCAGGUAACCAAUUCAUUGUUGAAUAAUAUGAAUGAAUAUAUUCCGAACAAUGAUGAAAUAAGCAUCCAAUGCAAUUUUGUUUUCAAUGGUGAUUCAUUUGAUUCUACUGUCAAAUAAUAUCCCCGUGUUCAAAACGAUUGAGAACUGUAAUCAAACCAUUUUCUCAAUUAGUUUACACUAAAGCAAUGCUAAAAGGUAAAAAUUCCUAAGAAUAAUAAACUAUUUUCCAUUGUCCUAGUAAGUUAAACAUUCUAGACAGGAUUGGUUACAUUAACAGGUCAUUUAUGUUGUUCAGACCAUGUGAUUUCUUGGUCACAUAAACAAUAUAGUAAAUAUUAACUUUUCACAUGUUUAUUUUGCAAACAAUUGGUUACCAUGUUCAGAUUUGAUUUUGAAUAUAAAAUUAGUUUUCCACAUUUUAACAUCAUAAGUUCACGUUCUAAUAACCUAAGAAUUUGGUGUGAUCUCUAUUAAUAUAAAUUUAUAAUUAAUUUGUUUAUUAUAUGUUGGUUGAAUUAUUUUUGCAGUGAUUAAUAAAAAGAUCGUUCAUCUAAUUCCUCUGUUGUGUGUAUAUACGUUUUUCAACAACUACAACUGAUACAAUAAAUCUUGGUAAUCAUACGAUGUUUGAUAAUAAAAUUCAUGAUUACCACUACAUUAAUGAAUUUGUAUCUUUUAAAUUAACUGUGGAUGGAGUAUGGCCAGGAGUGGAAUCUAUGUCACAUGAUUUAUCUUAUUAAGUGCUCGUCAGCUGGAUGUACCGGUAUUCCAAUGUUGAUAAUCACGUUAUUUUUUUUCAUGAAAUAGUAAUGAUCAUAGAAUCAAUCAUAUAAAAAUACAAGAAGUUUGUGGUUUCAGUGAAAAAUUCUGCAAAGCUUUUUCUUGAAUUCCAAAUAUGUGACCUCUGUCACUCAAUUGAUACAAAUAAAGAAACCAUAAUAUUUCAUAAAUAUAAUAGUUAACUUUAAUUAGCUAAUUGUUUACUAGAUUAUUUUCUUAAAAAUUAGAUGUUAGGUUGUGUGUACUAGAAGUAAAUAAAGGCUUUCAUCUGAGUGUCAUUUAAAAAUGAGAAAAUAAAAGUUUCUCACUUGAAUCUUUUUAUUUCAAAGAAAGUGAACUUCUUGGCAAAGAAAAAGUGAUCAUUAGGCCAAAAAAAUAAAACAACAAGUAUCUUUUGACGUAUUUAUGUAUUAGUAAUUUACUACUGUUUCAGUUAAUAAUCUUGAUUCAAAUAAUUGUACUCUUACACUUAGUUCGCUUUAUAUAUUUGAACAAAGCCGAAACUACGAUUGAAGCAGAACAAUGUGAAUUUAUUGUAUUUCGCUGUUUCUCUUAUGUGGCUUACAACCUUAUUUGUAAAUUUACAUUUUUGGACAUUGUCACCUGAAAUUAUUAUUAUGUUAUUGUGUUCAUUCUGUAAUGUCAUCUUCGCUAGGCUAAAUGUUAUUUCAUCAAUGCUUAAAUAAUAGUUUAGUUCAUCUAUAUGUUUCACUCGCUUAAUCCUUAAGACUUAUGUAAAUUCUUUAGGCCUACCAUAAUUAUUACGUAAUCCAUCUUAUCAGUUUCCAAGUUCCACAGAAUUAUAUAUAUUUGUCUGUAUAGUUAUUGAUGCUAAAUUUUAUUAUUUCAAAUCUUCAAGCCAGCAUUGCCUAUCACUUCAUAAUAUGUUAUACCUUAAUGUUGUUACAUUGUAAUACGAGUUACUUUUUGUACAUCUAUUCUACCAUAACAUUUACUAUUUCUUGUUGUUAUCAAGCUAACAACUAGUACACUUAAAUUGAUCAUUACCAAUUACUUAUGAAUUUAUUCCAUGUAGUAAAGAUGCAACAAAAGCGUAGCAACGGAAAUAAAUUGGCUCAUCAAUUCCCACAAAAACCAAUCAUUAGCUCAUACAUAAUUUUGGCUUUUAUAAAUAAGUCUUUAUUGGUUUUUCCUACGUCAAGGUCGCUCACAACCAUUGUAUUUUUUGUUGAUUAUUGAUUAUUCACAAUAAGAUAGCGGAAAUUGGUUCGUAAAUAUUAAUAUUUAGUUUCGCUUACUAUAUGAAAUUUGGAAAUCCAUUAGGAUAUGUAAAAUUAUUAUUUAUAUAUCUUCAUUAACGCCCACCGACUUAAAAAAAUAAUACGUUGUCUUAUCCUCAUUAUUGAUUGAUUGAUUUAGCAAACAGUACAAUGUGGUUGAGAGCAGUCGGCAGCAAGAUUGGAAUAUAUACAUAUAUAUAUAUAUAACUUCAUCCGUAGUCACCUGCAUGUUAUUCUUAGUAAUAAACCAAUAAUGUUCUUAUUUUCGAUUUUUUUUACCUGGUAUACACUGAAAAAACUCUAGAAUAGAGGAGAAUGUUGUUAAGCAAUCCCAUAUUUACACAAAGGUUAUUCAAAUGAAAUUUUGAAUAGAUUAGUGACCAUCUCACUAAUUGUAACAUGAUGAAUUCUUUAGAAAAGAAAAUGGAUAUUUAUGCAAACUUUUCAAAAUAAAAGUUCAUUUGAUGUAUGUAUGCCAAAUCCUCCGUUAUAAUGAAUAUUGGUCUUUAAAUGUAUAAUACACCUAAAACUGAACUUUGAUGAUUUUCUUUGUUCAUUAAGUGUCAUUUCGAAACAAUUAUUAUUUUAACCAAUAUUCUGUUUAUACCAUUAUCGAAUUUAUUCAUACAACUUGCAUUUUAUCUGUGAUUACAUAUGUUAGGUGACUGAGGGCAUUUUACAGAAAGCUCUAAACCUACAUAUCGUGCUUAUUGGUAUUUUUCAUAUUUGUGGAUCUUUGACUAUAAGGGGACUAAUAUUCCCUGUGGCAGUCGGACUCUCAGCACGAAAAUGUUACUGCUGAUCUGUUUGGAGUGCUAUUGACUUCCUGUAGGAUUGGUUAGCAACACGUUUUAUGUUAUCUAAUCCUUAUUGGUGACAUAAUUCUGUCAUUCAAAUCCUGUCUAGCAUACAACUUGUGUACCGAUCUUGCUGCUGACUUCUUCCAAUUAAUCACAAUUUACAAAAAUUCCGAUCUUGAUAUGUAACUACACUUUAAUUUAGGCUAAAUAAUUCAAUCAAUAGUGAAGGUAAGACAAUGUGGUAUUAUUGGCUACUAUUGAGUGUAAGUGUUAGUGUUUUUUAAUCUUUCAGUUAAUAAAAUAUGCAUCACAAACCUCCAAGCUUCUCUACUGCUUCAAAUUUUCACUCAACUUACCCAUAUUACACUUUUUAGAAGUGGCGAAAAAGCCAGGCGACAUUCGUGAUGCGAACUGCAAAAAUACAAAUAAAUAAAAUUAGAUGAGAUGCAGCGAAAAGACUCUUGUCAGACAAUUAAUGAUGAUUAUUGGAAAAAAGGUACGACAGUAAAUGUGACAGUGCUCAAAAUGACAUCCAAAAUUAUCAUUAAGAAUCAUUAUUGUUUGUAGACAAUACGUGAAUAGAACAUGUGAGAAAACUUUAUACUGAUACAGAAUAUGUCCUGAUUUGUUUUCAUGAAUUAAUGCUAACUAUCUUGGUACUUUCGGUGACAAUAAGAGAUGCAAGAAUAAUGUACAGCAACAUAAAACUUUUAUAAAUACCUGUUUUGCAUAGAACAGAAAUUUUGUCUAGAAAAAAACGAUUAAUUGUAAAGUUUCAUAUUUUCUUGUCAAACCUGUCGAAUAACUUAUUGAGUACCAUGAACCUAGUAGCUUAGUAAAAAAACGUUUUGGUGUUUGGAGUGAUCAGUAUGAAUUUUCAGUGUGAACAUCGAAUUGAGAAUACACAUUCAUUCAGUCGACAAAUCUAGCUUUUACCCUAGAUUCAGAUAUGCGACUAAAAUAAAUUGAUUUUUAUCAGUCGAGUAUGCAUGAUAAUCAUUUUUUAAGGAUAAAUGUAAACUAUCAAGUGGGAUAUAUGACGAGGUAUUCUCUACCACUCUACUCAUUAAUAAUUAAAACAAUAUUGAACUAAUAAAAUGUGACUAGAUAUGAAUUCAACUAAUUCAUUAAGCUGAAUGGAUAACUGAUAAUCUUUAUUGAUUUCCAAAACAUCUAAGACUUUGACUCUCAUAUUGUUCAGAUUUAGGAAUUUCUAACCAAAUUGUUUGUCAAUCACCUUGAACUGUAUUCUAAUGUCUUUAUCUAACUAUAUUUAAAUAACAUUUGAGGGUGAUCAAAUGACAAGCAUUGACAGAGAAUGUUCAGAUCAUUUAAGUUUCUCAGAAGAAUGUCAUAUUAUUUAAAGUGAAGAGAAAUGUAGCUCAGUUUGCUAGUUAUUCUGCUUUUACACUACCAAGAUUCGUUAUUUAAGGUGAGAGUCAGCAG